CUUCCAGGCAGGAGCUGUGGAUGUGGUGUCUCCAGUCUGCUCCUGCAGAGCCCUCAGUCUCCAACAUGUGGGCCACGGCGUUCCUAGCGACCCUAACUUUGUCUGUUUUGGACUACACCUCAGGUACUGUGCAGUUCAAUGGGGGUUUGGAGCCGUACGACCUUCUGUUUGAUAAUGCACUGGAAGCCUAUUACAGGCAGGACUGGCUGUCGGUCAUCCUGCACAUGGAGCGGGCUCUGAAGCAUAAGAGCAUGGUCCGUAAGGUCCGGACCGAGUGCCGGCUGGCCUGCGCCAACCACACCGCCUUCGAGGAAGCCAUUCCCGGCGUCGGGGCGCCGAUUCCUGGGGCUGGCUCGGUGGAAGAUUUAGGGUUUUUCCAGAAAGUUUUGAAGCGGGCGGAGUGUGUGAGCUCCUGCGAAAGCGAGAAACUGGGACCACCUUCUCUGCACAAAGUUGGCGACGAUAUUGAGCUGGAGUUCAAGAAGAGAACCCCUUACAAUUACCUGCAAGUGGCUUAUUUCAAGAUAAACAAGCUCGAUAAAGCUGUGGCUGCAGCAAAUACAUUCUACGUUGCGAACCCAGAUCAUUUGGAGAUGCGGCAGAACCUGGAGUACUACAGUCUGAUGGCUGGUGUGAAGGAGGAGGACUUCAAGGACCUAGAGGCCAGACCCCACAUGGCAGAGUUUCUGGACGGAAAGAAGCUGUACAGCGCAGAUGAGUUUGCCUCAGCCAUCGAUCACUUUGAGGCAGCUGUGGAAGAGUAUUUCACUGCUGAUGCUGAGUGCAGGGUGCUGUGCGAGGGAGCCUAUGACUAUGAUGGAUACAACUACAUGGAGUACAAAGCUGACCUGUUCCAGUCUAUCACAGAUCACUACUUACACAUUCUGAACUGCAAGCAAAACUGCGCUGUAGAGCUGGCCUCCGUUGCUGGAAGAGACAAGCCAAUCGAAGACUUUCUUCCUUCACAUUUCAACUACCUCCAGUUUUCCUAUUAUAACAGUGAGCAAUAUGAGAAGGCCAUUGAGAGCGCUAAAACCUACCUUCUGUUCCAUCCUGAGGAUGAGGUCAUGAAGCAGAACUUGGCAUACUACUCGGUUGUGCUCGGCGAGGACAAGGCUGCAGACAUCUCGGCCAGAGAGGUUGUUCAGCAGUACAUCAAGAAGUCUCUGCUGGAGAAAGAGCUUCUGUACUUUGGCUAUGAAAUUUUUGGAGUAACUUUUGUCGAUCCAGACACAUGGACCCCUGAAGAUGUCAUGCCUAAGAAGCUGAGGGACAAGCAGAAGGCAGAUAGAGAAAGAGCCGCCCGGAUUACAGAGGAGAUCGGCAAUCUGAUGAAGGAGAUUGAGACGCUAGUCGAGGAGAAGAGCAAAGAAUCAUCAGACAUUGCCAAGACAAUUCAAGAUGUACCUAAUAAAACAUCAUCGGACAAAGGGGUGUUUGACGACGUCACAGUUACCAUGACAUCUGCGGCUCUGAACGGAUCACAGAGAGUGCUGCUGGAUGGAGUCAUCGCAGAUGAUGAAUGUCGAGAACUACUCCGACUUUCCAGCGCAGCAGCGCAGAAAGGAGACGGCUACAGAGGCCAGCCGAAUCCUCACUCACCAAGCGAGAUGUUCCAGGGAGUCACUGUUCUCAGGGCUCUACAGCUCGGUCAGGAGGGAGUGUUCCCCUUGAAGAGUGCUCGUCUGUUUUUUGACCUGAGUGAGAAGGUGCGGAAAGUAGUGGAGUCCUACUUCAGCCUGGAGUCUCCUCUCUACUUCUCCUACUCCCAUCUGGUCUGCCGCUCAGCCGUUGAGGAGAAACAAGAUGAACGAGAGGACAUGAGUCACCCUGUGCAUGCUGACAACUGUCUGCUUGUCUCAGAACUUAAUGAGUGUAUCAAAGAGCCACCAGCGUACACACACCGGGACUACAGUGCCAUCCUCUAUCUCAAUGAUGACUUUGAAGGAGGAGAUUUCAUCUUCACAGAGCUGGAUGCCAAAACAGUCACAGCCGUGGUGAAGCCUCAGUGUGGUAGAGUUGUGGCUUUUGGUGCUGGUAAGGAGAAUCCCCAUGGUGUAAGGGCAGUGACCAAGGGGCAGCGAUGUGCCAUAGCCCUCUGGUUCACUCUGGAUCCUAAACAUAACGAGAAGGAGCGAAUUCAGGCUGAGGACCUCCUGAAAAUGCUCUCCAGCCCAGUUAGUGAAGAGUUCCAGCAAACAGAGAAGGACAGCCAUGCUGACACAAACUCAGAACCACAAAGCACAGAGCCUAUCAGAACAGCAAAGCAGGACGAGGCAGAGAAACCAAAAGAAGAGACGAGGAUGCCUGCAGAGGAACAACCCAGCAAAAGUGCUGAGGAACAGACUGACAGCAAGGAUGUCAAAAAAGAAGACCAGGCCAAGGCCAAGGCCAAGGCUGCAGAUAAAACUGGCAAAACAGCAACUCAAACGAAAGUAAAACCAGCAGGGAAAACAAAAGAGACAGGCAAGGCAAAGGCCAAAACAGUGGACAAAGCAAAGGACAAGGCAGCAGCCAAAACAAAGACCAAAACAGUGGACAAAAAGGAGAAGUCAGUUGAUAAGAAGACAGUAAAGGUAGUGUCAAAAAAGACUGUGGAUGGCUCAGAAAGCAAAAAACCCAAAGCAAAAAGCUCAACCAGUAAAGACUCAAAAUCACAGAAAAAUAAACAGGAAUUGUGAGCCUUUGGUAUAAGUAUUUUUUUUUAAAUGUCCGUUUUGUACAAUUUAAUUUUUUUUAUUAUAUUUUUGCUUUGCGAUGGGACAUUUUUUUGUUUUUUUUCAUACCAGAGAAAGAUAAAAUUGAAGCAGUACUGGUUUUACAACAUAAAUCACUUCAAGUCUCAGGAUCGUUCUCAUGACCUAUCAGAGUUAGUCCAAUAAAAUUGACAUAAUUGGAGUUUAA